UGUUGAACCUGUCUUUGAGACCUGCAUCCAUAUUCGGAUUGCCUGUUCGUCUCAAACGACAUCCAAUCAAUCCCAUGAGGUUAUUUGAUUCUUUUUUUAUUGAAUUUUCUCAAAGAAACUAUUCGACCGCAUCUAAGCCAGCCACCUUCUGGAAGCAUCCAGAGGUCUUUACUUCAAAAAACUGCGCACCGAAGCCACCUCCUCCAAUGCACGGGCUCAGCUCGGAGCAAGUAGCUAAGGCACGGCAGAUGAGGCAUCAAGACCCAAAAUAUUAUACGACAAAAAAACUAGCUAGAAUAUUCAAGGUUCACCCAAAAAAGUUAUUGGAUAUUGCACCACUUCCUAAUACUCGAAGACAGGGAGAGCGUGCUUUGGUUGAAGCGCGUCGAAAACUGCGCGUAACAGAAGGUAAGGAUGUCAAGAGAACAAGACUGGCAGCUUGGUGGCACAAACAAAUAAAACAGAUUCCAGAGCUAAGAGAACGGAGAAAACUUUACGUCAGAAGAAGAAAUAGAUCCUAUCUCGAAAUAGACGUCGACCUUUCAAUUAAGUCGGAUAAAAGAGAUGAACGAGCUGAUAUCAGAGCUGAGACUGUUAGAAAUGAGAAGAGGAAAAACAUGAUGAUGAAUCGAAAAGGCUAAACUACAAUGUCGUCACACAGGAAAGAGCAUAUGUAAAAAGUUAUAUAUUUAAUUUUUUUGCCCAAAACCAACUUGUUUUUCUACCGUCUGUAAUGGUGUAUAUCUUAUCUUGAACGAUUUCGAAAUUUAAAUUACUGAAAAUAUGGUUUAGUUCCCCAUAUUUUAGUAAAUGUUUUAAUUUUUUGGGCUUUUUGGGCUUUUGAAAGCAAGGUUGCUGGUCGUUUUCAGAAAUGGCACCAUCUUCUACCAUGAAAUGAUGUACUAGUAUGUGUCCGCCUGCCUUCAACAAUUUUGCCAUAGUUUGAAAUAGCGGUCUGUACAAAUACCUAGAUACAUUGAUGAGGUCCACUUUUUCUAUUCCUGUAUUCCAUUCCUCUUCAUCUGCUUCCAAAUUAGCACAUUUGGUACAGAUGUGUACAUGAUUUCUUUUUGCAAGACUCUGCGCUCUACACAACAUUUUCUGCUGGUGGUCUAAUGCCAAUACCUGCCAUCCAUUUAAGGCCAAAUAUACUGCGUCUCGUCCGCCACCGCAUGCGAAAUCGAUAGCCGUUCCUUGUUUCGGCAAGCCCCCUGCUUGGCGGAUUUGCUCAAUGCGUGAGAGGGUAUCAAACAAGAGUGGUGAACACUGCCAUAUAAUGCGGCUUUGACUACUCUGAUGAGCCAAAAAGUCUGGUCGAAGCGUCUGUAGGUCGUGCCAAAAUGUUGGACAAUCUAAAGAGAUAAUCAUUUGUUGAAAGACGCGGUAGAAAUGAAGAGAGAGAUAGGUAUAGACGGGUUCAAGAGAAUCGGAAGAUUCAGCAAGCAAACAAACAGCAGUCUGUCUAGGAGGAAG